CUCGAGACAAAUAAUCGCGUUGUUCACGUUGAAGGCGACGAUGCGCGCGAUGUUGCCUUUCUUAGACAGAUUUAUGGCGGUCACCUGACCCGACGCGCUCAGCGCUUUCCCGUCUUGCUGGCUGCUGUCCUUCGUCUCCCAUUUCGAGCUGGCAAGAUGCCUGAGACAUGUACUCCUCAUCAUGACAAUGCUGCGAACGCGCUCACGACCUUUCUAUGCGUCGGACUUGUCAUCUCCUAUCUGCCACAGCAUCUGCGUAUUAUUUUGGCCAAGUCAUCAGAAGGAUUCAGCCCGUGGUUCCUGCUAUUGGGCAGCACUUCCUCUGCGUCAGGCAUGCUGAAUAUCAUCGUCAUGCAGUGGGGACUCAUCAAGUGUUGCCGAGUUUUCAGUGUUGGCAACUGCGUAGAGUCUAUUGCUGGAGUGUUCCAGCUAUUCCUUCAGUGGUUCCUCUUCACCGUCAUCCUAGUCUUGUACAUGAUAUACUACCCACCCCAUUUGAAGUAUACCCAGGUUGACGUCGACAUGCACGACGAUCGCCCACCACACCAUGUCAAGACUGCCGUCAAAAGUGACGAAUGGCGGCUGUCGAUAAUCUUAUCAUGGGUCGUCCUGAUUCAUAUGAUUUUCAUCACUUUCGUCACCUUCCUUUUGAUUGGAACGAACGCAUCGUCAGAUCCAACGCAUAAAUCCAGACAACUGUCUCUAUGGGCAACGUUCCUGGGUGUGACUGCCGCGCUGCUCGCUGCUGUGCAAUAUGCUCCGCAGCUGGCGCACACAUAUCGCACGAAGCUCGUAGGCGCAUUGAGCAUCCCGAUGAUGCUGAUGCAGAGUCCUGGGGCAGUGCUCAUGGUGCUCAGUAUCGCGUUGAGGCCGGGCACCAACUGGACAACUUGGCUUCCAUAUGCAGUUGCAGGCGCAAUGCAAGGCUCGCUCCUAGUGAUGUGCAUCCUUUGGAAAUUCCGCCAGCACAGAUUGCGCAUAGACGACUUUGGCAACCCACUUGGGGCAACAGCGAUUGAAUCACUGGAGGAUUCCGCUGUUUCGGUCGUCCAAGGCCCGGAGGAGGGCGUGCCCACGCAGGCGGCCCUGGAGGACGCUGUGGAGACUGACGUGAGGAUGGAGGGAGAACCCAACGAGGACACGCCGUUGUUGAGGAAGGGAGUCAUGGAGGAGGAUUGGAAGGGGUUGCGUAUGUGGUUCAGCAGGCUGAAGCGGUGAGG